AUGAAUUAUGAAGAGCAACAGACUGUGCAAAAUGCCAAUUUAUCUAUAGCCCCUCGUUUCUCUAACCCAGUGAUAGCUAACCCUGCUCCACCUCCAGAGGUUGAGCCCAUGCAAUCGGGCAUUGCUAAACUCACUGAGGCAGAGAAACAACACAGACGUAACGAGGGGUUGUCUAUAUUGUGGAAAACGGGGACAUCAAAGGCUCUCAUGUCCGGCUCGGCCGGAAAACUUGCGCACCUAAGGCACAUUCGAGGACCGACCUUAGGUGUGAUGUAUAUGUCCCCCAAAUAGAACCAUUUCCUUGUAAAUAUUACUUUGCAUUGUAAGAGAACUACUGUUUAGUGUGAGGCCAUGAUUGACUCUGGGGCAGCGGAGUAUUUCCUUGACAAAGAUUUCUCUGCUAAACAUCUUCUGCCAUUACGGCAAAAAGAUAGACCCAUAGCAGUGGAAGCUAUUGAUGGGAGACCUCUUACCCAGCCUCUCAUCACACAGGAGACUCUGCCAAUCACUGUCUCAGUAGGCAUCUUACAUUGUGAGGAAAUGGUUUUCCAGGUUAUAUCUUCCCCUACAUGCCCUAUAAUAAUCGGUUUUCCAUGGCUCCAGAAACACAAUCCACGUUUAGAUUGGGUUAAAGGAGAAAUUGUGAGUUGGGGAGAAAGUUGCAGAGGUCAUUGUUUACAACAGAUGCCACAACGUGUACCCUCAAUGUACCUAUGGCACCUCCCUUAACCACGAAAAUCCCUCCGCAGUAUUUAGCCUUAAAAGAAGUCUUCAACAAGGUUCAGUCUGAGGUAUUACCACCACAUAGACCCUAUGACUGUGCCCUGGGCCAGAUUAAGAGCCCAGUGGGCCUGGUGCUGACAAUUAUGACUGGCCUAAUUACAGAAUCAUAUCGACCAAAAACAGUAAAACACUCCCAAGCAUCAUGUAUCUGAUGGAGAUGGUGCUGGAGAGAAAGAAAACAGCAGCUAUAAGAAAACACAUACCCUAGGCUAAUCUCUCUCUAAUUUAUGUUUUCAUCUUUCAAGUAAAUCCAUAACCCCUAACAGCAGUGUCCAGUCAAGCAGGAAGUCAAUGGGCAUGGUAAAAGGGUGUGCCACUGACACAAAUCACGUAACCUGCCAAAAGGGGCGAACAUGCCCAAAAAGAGGACAUGUCUGCUCAAAGAAUUAGAAGGCCAGCCUGGCAUGAAUGCAUGUCAGGCUGCCUGCCAAUCAUGCAGCUGGCCAACUAAGGGCAUACUAUGCAGACAGCACCCUGAGCUUGGCAUAAAUGCAUCUAAUGAUGCGCUCACUCAACGCUUUCUAAGGACUGUCCCCUAGCACUCGCUGGUCCACUUGUCUCCUUACCUUCUUACUAGCAGACAGAAGCUGCUGGUAUAUGGUCUGGGACAGAGAAAAGCUGUAUGUAGUGAGUGUAGAAGAAAGGGAACAUGCCACAGUGUUAGAGAGACCAAACUCAGCAUUACCUUAAAGGAUCACUAUAGGGUCAGGAACACAAACAUGAAUUCAUGACCCUAUAGUGUUAACACCACCAUCUAGCCCCCCUGGGCCCCUCAUGCCUCCAUAAAUAUAGAAAAAUCCUACUAUAUUCAAGCCUGAAGCUGUAACUCUGCAUGCUGUUAGACUCAUAAAAACAAGCAGUCUGCUGACAUCAUUACAAGUGGUGGCCUGAUCCAAUAACAGUGCUUCCCCAUAGGAUUGGCUGAGACUGACAAAGAAGCAGAUCAUGGUCAGAGCCAUCAUGAUUCAAACACAGCCCUGGCCAAUCAGCAUCUCCUUAUAUAGAUGAAUUUAAUUAAUGAAUCUCUAUGAGGAAAGUUCAGUGUCUGCAUGCAGAGGGAGGAGAUACUGAAUGUUUGGAUGCAUUUUAGGCAGCCAUGACCCAGGAAGGAUCUCUAACAGCUAUCUGAGGAGUGGCCAGUGGCCACUAGGAUGUAAAGUAAAGACUGCAUUUUCUCUGAAAAGACAGUGUUUACAGCAAAAAGCCCGAAGGUAAAGAUUCUACUCACCAGAACAAAUUCAAUAAGCUGUAGUUGUUCUGGUGACUAUAGUGUCCCUUUAACUAUAUUCAUUGUCAGCCAGUCCACUCAAGUUUUGUUCCCAUACAUCCCUCUUCAGUUUCCAUACUUAAGUAAGAGUAUGUGAAAAGUAGUUAGGGUUGCCACCUUUCUUGGAAAAACAUACCAGCCUUACUAAUUUGCAUAAUUAAAUAUGUGUGGGUGACAUCACAUGAUGUAAAUCACAAGGAGUGACAUAAGAGAAAAUGCUGUAAAAUCACCAAAAAACUACUUAGUUUAAAUCUGCUGUACAGAUGGAUUCAUCCCAGUGCCCCCAUGUCUCCCAGUGCCCUCAUGACUCAGUGCCCCCAUGUGUCAAUUCCUCCAGGUCUCAGUGUUCCUAUGUAUCAGUGUCUCAGUGCCCCAUGUCUCCCAGUGUCCCCUAGUGUCGUGUCCCCAGGUCUCCCAGUGAUCCUAUGUAUCAGUGUCUCAAUGCCCCAUGUCUCCCCAUAUAUCCCAGGGUCCCCAUGUCACUAGGACACUAGGAAGACUGGGAGAUCUGGGGACACGGGGAGACCUAGGGACAUGGAGACACCAGUGAGACUGGGAGACUAGGGGACUCUGGCUGGGACACAUGGGGACAAUGGGAAAAUAGGGGACACUUGAAGACAUGGGGACACAGACACCAGGGAUAAAGACACUAGAGACACUGGCUGGGGGAGUAUGGGGACAUUGAGACAUGGGGGCACUGGGAGACACCAGGGCCACAGACACUAGGGACACUAGCUUGGGGACAUUGUGACACUUAAGGCACUGAGAGACAUGGAGGCACUAGGAGACAUGGGGACAGUGAGACACUGGCAGACUAGGGGCACUGUGUCCCCAUGUGUCUGUGUCAUAAUGUCUCCCAAUGUCCCUUAGUGUCUCAGUGUCUGCCAUAAUGUCUCCCAAUGUCCCUUAGUGUCUCAGUGUAUGUCUCCUUGCAGCCUUUCACCCCAUCCCUUACUUCCCUGAGCUGUAGGCUGUGUCUGCAGUGUGGGAGUUGCAGUCUGGACUCUCUGUAGCUGCACCCCUGCAGAUCAGUGAGUAGAGAUAGGCAGGGAGGGAUAUGCUGGAACUUCCUAUCCCUGCCUCUCUCCACACACAGCGACCCCUACUGACCAGUGCUGGUAUUGCAUAGUAAUCACUUUCUACUGAGAAAAAUACCAGCAUUUGUAUUGCCAGUAUCACUGCAAUAUUUGCACCAGCCAGGCAGCCUCAAAUACUGGCUGUGCCAAUAAAAUAAAAGCCAGGUGGAAUCCCUAAGAGUAGUGUGUGACAAAAAAAAAAAAAAAAAAGUUUUCUUUUUUUUUAAAUCAAUGGGCAUGGGCCUGGAACUGCAGCUCCAUCAGCCCCUAUGUUAAUCCGGCCCUGACUGUGCCAUAAAUUUGUUACCAGGUACUAUGCUCCCUAAAGGAGGAGUUUAUGCACUAUCACUUCAAGAAACUCUUUGUUUAGAGGAAUAUAUUAAGGAUGCGCUAAGGAAGGGUCACAUACGAAGAUCCUCCUCACCUGCUGGAGCUGGGUUCCUCUUCGUUUCCAAAAAAGGAGACCUACGCCCUUGCAUCGCUUAUAGGGGUCUGAAUAAAAUAACUAUUAAAAACGCCUACCCAAUUCCCCUUAUUUCCGAGCUAUUUGAUAGGUUGAAGGGUGCCCAAGUAUUCACAAAACUCGAUCUAAGGAGUGCAUACAACCUAGUCAGAAUUAAGGAGGGACAUGAGUGGAUUACGGCGUUUAAUACUAGAAUGGGACAUUACGAAUACCUGGUUAUGCCAUUUGGUUUGUGCAACGCUCCAGCUGUGUUUCAGGUUUUUAUAAAUGAUGUCCUUAGAGACUACCGCCACAUGUUCGUUCUAGUGUAUCUAGAUGACAUCCUUAUCUAUUAAAGACCCUGUUAGAAAACGGCUUAUACUGUAAGCUUGAAAAAUGCCAGUUUGACCAGACUGAAAUACAAUUCCUUGGAUACAUUAUAUCCCCUUCUGGUUUUAAAAUGGACCCACACAAACUGGAGGCAGUUUACAAUGGCCGUUACCUAAAGGUCUUAAAGCUACACAGUGUUUUGUAGGAUUUGCUAAUUAUUACCGCAAAUUCAUUAAGGGUUUCUCAUCGGUAAUCGCUCCUAUUAAAUGAAAUCCAUGGAUACAUUAUAUCCCCUUCUGGUUUUAAAAUGGACCCACACAAACUGGAGGCAGUUUACAAUGGCCGUUACCUAAAGGUCUUAAAGCUACACAGUGUUUUGUAGGAUUUGCUAAUUAUUACCGCAAAUUCAUUAAGGGUUUCUCAUCGGUAAUCGCUCCUAUUACCAACCUUACCAAAAAAAGAGCAAAUUGCAAUUCAUGGCCCAAGGAUGCAAAGGAAGCAUUCGAGAAAUUAAAAUCUUUAUUUGCUUCGGCACCUGUUCUGACGCCUUUUAUUUUAGAAGUAGAUUCGUCGGAGACAAGAGUAGGAGCCAUUCUGUCUCAACGAGAAAGUCCUGACAAGCCUUUACAUCCCUGUGGGUUUUUCUCUCGAAAAAUAACUCCUGCAGAGAAACUAUGACAUCGGGAAUAGAGAAUUACUGGCCAUUGUCCUUUCCCUCAAAGAAUGGAGACAUCUCUUAGAAAGUUCCAAAGAGCCACUUUUGAUUCUUAGCGCUCACAAGAACUUGGCUUAUAUUGGGGACGCUAAGAGAUUGUCCUCCCGACAGGCUAGAUGGUCACUGUUCCUCUCCCGUUUCAAUUUUGUCAUUACAUACAGACCCGGGACCAAGAACACUAAGGCAGAUGCUCUGUCUAGACAGUUUGAGACAGAUGAGGUUCCUGAACAAGAGGUAUUCCCUCGAGAAUGUCUUAUUGCUACUAUGAUUUUUUGUGCCAUAAUAGCAGAUCAAACUCAGGCACCCGUGGAGAAACCUCUGAACAAACUAUAUGUUACAUCAUUGUUGAGGGAAAAAGUAUUUGGAUUAUUUCAUGAUAAUCUGACAGCAGGACAUCCUGGAAUACAUAAAUCUCUCUCUGCCAUUUCCAGGAAAUUUUGGUGGCCUACACUUAGAGGUGACGUUAAAGACUAUGUAGGGGCGUGUCAAAUAUGUGCUGUUUCCAAAACAUCUCAUAAAUCUCCCCCUGGGUUGCUACAGCCACUUCCAAUACCUGAUGCUCCAUGGACCCAUUUAGCCAUGGAUUUCAUUAUGGAACUCCCCAGUUCUAAUGGGUAUAACACCAUCCUCAUGGUGGUAGAUAGAUUCUCCAAGAUGGAACAUUUUAUACCUCUUAAAGAAUUGUCAUCUGCUCAAGAUCUAGUCCAAAUUUUCAUAAAGGAAAUCUUUUGCUUACAUGGAGUACCAAAAAACAAUGUUUCUGACAGAGGUACCCAAUUUAUCUCUAGGUUCUGGCGUGCCUUUUGUAAACAAUUGGGCAUAGAACUUUCAUUCUCCUCUUCGUACCAUCCUCAGACUAAUGGCGCAGCAGAGAGAGCCAAUCAAUCUUUAGAAUCCUAUUUGCGUUGCUUUAUCGAUGCCAAUCAGUCCAAUUGGUAUGAACUCUUACCCAUGGCUGAAUUUGCCAGAAAUAAUGCGACUCAUGAAUCCUCUAAUCAUAGUCCAUCUUUUGUAAAUCAAGGUUAUCACCCCACUGUUUUACCUUAUGAAUUUUCAGGCACUGAUAUUCUUGCUUUGAACAUCCGUUUGGCUUCUAUUCAUGACACUUGGGAUUCUGUUCAUUCAGCACUACAGAAUGCCUCUAAACGCGCUAAAGUCCAAGCUGACAAACGGGGUGUCAAUCCUGUCUAUCAAACAGGGGACAGGGUUUGGUUAUCCACACGUCAUACCAAGCUCAAAGUCCCUUCUAUGAAACUUGCUCCUCGACACAUAGGCCCUUUUCGUGUCCUUUGUCGUAUUAACCCUGUGACUUAUUCCUUGGUACUCCCUGCGCACAUGAGAGUUGCCAUUUCGUUCCAUGUGUCAUUGCUUAAGCCUCUCACUUGCAAUCGAUACACUAAAACAUUGUUCCUCCUCCGCCAUUGGUGGUAGGUGAUUAGGAGUUAUAUGAAGUCCGAUCUAUAUUGGACUCCAAGAUCUCUAGGGGUGUUAUGUCUUAUUUAGUUGACUGGAAGGGAUAUAGCCCAAUGGAACGUAGUUGGGUUCCUGCUGACCGGGUUCAUGCACCCCGUCUUGUCCGGUUGUUUCACAACUGCUUUCCUCACAAGCCGGCUCCUUCCCUUCUUCGAGUGGGGGGUACUGUCACGGCUCCCGGCUCGCCGGGAACUGCUCCUCCGCAUCCUUCCGCCAAAACAAAGACGGCACGACCAUUCGUCCAUCAUUGGCUCUGCCCUUCAUAAUUAUACUAGCGUGCGUGUGAUGUCACAACGUCAACGCGCGCGCACGUUCUGGAGUGAGAGGUCAUCCUCUGACCAUAGCCCAGAGAGGGAUAUUUAAAUCCCUGAUUCACUCCAGUACCUUGCCCUGUUGUGGUUUCCUGUCCUGGUUCCCGAGAGUGCGUUUAUCCUUGUUCCAUUUGUGAUUUACGGUAUCUUGACCUUGACUAUUCCUGAUUACUCUGAUUUCUGGUUCCCCUGAUUUGGCUUGUUAAACGGUAUUUGUGUAUUUCUGGCAAAUUAACCCUUUUUAUGCCAAACUUAGGAACAGGAACAUUAAAGAAAUUGGCUAUACUGGUUAUGGUGCUUGAGAUAUUGCCUUAAGCAGGGAUGCUCACACCCGUACGGCCAACUUACGCUUGCAGGACUUCUUGUGGGCAGCUCCCUUCCUAUGGAAUAGCCUGCCUACCCACAUCAGACUCUCCCCUAGUCGUCAAUCAUUUAAAGGAACACUAUAGUCACCUAAAUUACUUUAGCUAAAUAAAGCAGUUUUAGUGUAAAGAUCAUUCCCCUACAAUUUCACUGCUCAAUUCACUCUCAUUUAGGAGUUAAAUCACGUUGUUUAUGUUUAUGCAGCCCUAGCCACACCUCCCCUGGCUAUGAUUGACAGAGCCUGCAUAGAAAAAAAAAACUGGUUUCACUUUCAAACAGAUGUAAUUUACCUUAAAUAAUUGUAUCUCUAAAUUAAACUUUAAUCACAUACAGGAGGCUCUUGCAGGGUCUAGCAAGCUAUUAACAUAGCAGGGGAUAAGAAAAUCUUAAUUAAACAGCACUUGCAAUAAAUAGGGCUCUCUUUACAGGAAGUGUUUAUGGAAUGCUGUGCAAGUCACAUGCAGGGAGGUGUGACUAGGGUUCAUAAACAAAGGGAUAUAACUCCUAAAUGGCAGAGGAUUGAGCAGUGAGGCUGCAGGAGCAUGUUCUAUACACCAAAACUGCUUAAUUAAGCUAAAGUUGUUCGGGUGACUAUAGUGUCCCUUUAAGAAGUGCCUCAAAACCCAUCUCUUUAGGAAAGCUUAUGGCCUCCCUGAGAAACCUCUACCUUACACACCUGUCUCUUGCUCUCUCCUACAGGGCAGCACUUUACUCUCUCCUCCAGCCCUGCUUCACUCCCACCUUAUUUGAUUGAUAUUUCCUGUCCUAAUGUGUUUUAUACCCCACCUACUAUAGACUGUAAGCUCGUUUGAGCAGGGUCCUCUUCAACCUCUCGUUCCUGUAAGUUUUCUUGUAAUUGUCCUAUUUAUAGUUACAUCCCCCCCUCUCAUAAUAUUGUAAAGCGCUACAGAAUCUGUUGGCGCUAUAUAAAUGGCAAUAAUAAUAAUAAUAAUAAUGACCAGAGUUACAUGUUAAGAGUUCUCCCAUAUAUUUGCACCUAUUUCUUGGAAUACUUGUUGAUAAUUGUUAUCCUCAUGCAGCACUUUAAAAAAAAAAAUUUAAAAAAUGUUACAGAAGAUUAUUACAUACUACCAAUAUUCCAAUUUCCAUAAAAAAUACACAUAUCUCAGUAACUUGUUGAAUGUCACUAAAUCUCUGAUUCAUUGAAAGAAUUUGCUUUCACCAAAUGUAUUCCAGUGGAUCUAUUAAGUCGAAAAGAUCAUAGCACUGGAAGAGUUGACAGCCUCUGUUCAACAUUUGCAACCUGGCCCCCCAGUUGGAAUCGAUAACUGCAUAUGUUAUACAAAACUUUGAUCACCCCUAAACAAUCCUUCCCCUAUACUAAUCUCAUUCUUAUUCCUUCGUUAUUUCUUAAUUUUCUCUGUAUAGCAUUUCCUUUCUCACGUUUCCCCAUUAUGUGUCUUCAUAUGCAUAUGACAAUUAAAUUACCAGGUUCUUCUUUGCUGUUAUGUUAAACAUUCACUAUGAAAUAAACAUUGUAAAAAAUGGCAAUUAUAUCAAUCUGUCUGUUUACAUUUUGUCCCUUAUGCGUAUAAAAAGAAUAUUAUCAUUCACUAUUUAUGUAUGUAAAUAAAAUCACAUUUAUUUUGGAGGUCUUUACUUUAACUAUUGAUCAUUAAAUUCCUUAUGCUGAAAUACAGAACCAAAACAUAUAAAACAUGUCUAUCCUUAUGCACUGCACUAUUAAUAUACACAGUGUAUAUGUACUGCUCAAUAAUCUGUUUCCUCUUCAGCUUUUAGUUAACAUUUGAAACUCUUUAUUUCUUGAAUGCUUCUGCCAUUUAAAAAGAAUGGUUCUUGUAUGUCAUUGCAGAAAACCAGAAACUUCAUUUUUCAUGAGUGACAAAAGCCACAUGGCCUAUUCAGUCCAAUUUUCUGUCCAAAAAGCACAACUUUUUUUUCUUGAUAUAGUUUAUUGCUGUUAAGUAAAAUUGAUAGAUUGUAUUUUCCUAUCCUACCUUGUUAUUGCACUCUCUUUUUCUGUACUCCUCAUUCUGCAUUUUAUUAUCAAAAAUGCCCAUUUUAAGAUUCUCCUGUUAUACUCUCAGUAUGAGAUCCAGACCAAGAGUUUUGGUAGUUGGAGUGCCAAGUUAUUAGGUUCCCACCCUGCUUAUUCAGACGUAACUGGCAAGUUGAGGAUUCCACGUGACAAAAUCCAGCCUCCUGUGGGAUGGGCCUGGAAUGGAGACUGGAAUUUGGUGCCACAGCAAAGGUGAGAACACAUCUGUUAGGUAAAAGACAAUAUGGGUUCUAAAUGUAUAAUAAAAUAAUAAUGUUGUGUGUAAAAAUGCGUAAUUUAAAAGAUAAUUAUAAAAAACAUUAAACUUUUCUAAACCUCCAGUCACUACCACACUAUAGGUGCAAUCUUCCAAGAACAAUUGCCUGUAACAGUCAGGUGUAUACAGUGAGGGGGGAAAAGUAUUUAAUCCCCUGCUGAUUUUGAAUGUUUGCCCACUGACAAAGUAAUGAUCAGUCUAUAAUUUUAAUGGUAGCUGUAUUUUAAUAGCGAGAGACAGAAUAAAAAAAAUGCAGAAAAACACGUCAAAAAAGCAAUAAAUUGACCCAUUUAAAGAAAGUGGUAUGGUCCUAAAGUCCUCUAGUGGAAGAAAGUACAAAAGGUAGAUCCCCAUCUGUUGUACAACUUCAACAAUGCUAUACCAUGUGGAGAUCUACCAUUUGCCAAUCCUUGCAGGAUUUUAUUUGUGACCAGUUUUUGUGAGUUUGAAUGUAAGCAUGUUUUUGUACCGAGUAUAUGUGUGUAUGUUGGGGUAUUUGUAUGUACUGUUGCCAUUGGAAUGCAGUAACAUACUUGUGUGUAGUGUUUGCAUUUAAAUGCAGGGGUGUGUUUGUAUGUUGUGUUGGCUUUUAAUUGCAGGUGCGCUUUUGUGUGUAGUGCUGGUGUUUGAUUAAUGGGUUGCUUGUAUAUAAUUUUGGAGUUUGAAUGCAGGGGUGUGCUUGUAUGUUAUAUUUGUGUUAGAUUGCAAGAGUAUGUUUUCAUGUUGUGUUUUUGUUUGCUUGGAUAUAUGCACAUACACCACCACAUACAUACAUACUUGCACAGAUAUACACACUGGCAAAUACACACAAACUCAUAUACAUACUGACACAUACACACACUUGCACAUGCACACACUGGCAUAUACACACACACAGAUACACACUUCUACACAUACACAGAAACACUGAUAAAUGCAUACACCCUGACACACAGAUGUACACAUUGACACACAGAUACACACUGACAUACACACCUUGACACACAAAGGCACAAACACACACUGACAUACAUAUGACUGUCAUGAUUUUCAUAUUUGCAGGCACCCUCCUCAGGCUUACUACCUACUGCUGGCUAUGGUGAAUGGGAGUGUGGAGUCUGGAGGAGCGCUCUCUUCUUGCCCUUCUCACCUUACACUGCCGCCUCUUUUCCUCCAGCGCCGCAGUCUCUGUAAGAAACUGGGAGGAAGAGACCUGCUCUCACUUUCUUUCAACAGGCCAAUAUUAAAGGGGCCUGGUCGUGCUUUUAUAGUUCUGCGGUGCCUCACUGGGCCUCUUUUCCAUAAUAAAGCAAUAAUACCCAUUGGGUGGCCCCAAGUGCAGGGGCCACCCAAUGGACCCCCAAAGAGUGUGGGCCCCAGGGUUGCACUUGUGGUAGUUCUUCUUCAGUACAACACUGAUGUGGGAUCCUGGCACAUGAAGCACCAGGAGCUAAAGAGGACUGCCGGAAGAACACAACUGCGGCCGCUAGGGACAGGUUCAGGUAAGUAAUACUCACAUUCCCAUGCACUCUUUGACAACCGUACAACCACUGCAGCAGUCACUGUUGGGGGUCUUUGCAAAUUAACCACUCACUCAUUGCUUAUACUACUAAUCCAAGUUGACUGGAAGUCUGUUAAUAAGAGCAUGCAGCGAAAUAGAAUGAAACACUUCCAAGAUUAGUUGUUUUUUUUGUUUGUUUGUUUUUUAAAGGAUAGAUAAUAUGGUGAAACAUAUGGAAGCCAUCAGACCAACUGGAAGAAUAAUAAUGUCAGCUUUCUUUGCAAUCUGCCUUACACAAGGCUAUCAUUACUUUAGUUAGGUGCCAAUUAAUGCUGAGAACUUAAAAAAACAGAAAAAAAGUCCUGUCCCAUAACAAUACAUUUGUUUUAUAAGUAAACAUUUUGAUCAACAUUAGUGGACAUGACCUCCUCUUGGUGUUUGUCUGUAAAGUGUACUUUAGUAGUCACAUGCAUUAAACUAACAAUUCCACUGACAUUCUUUUAUCCUGUGUGAAAUACUAGGGUAGCACUUAACAGAAACACCAACAUAUGGGAGGUUGCGGAGGAGGUUUAUGAGAAUGAGACACGUAUAGCUGGUGAGUCAUGGAUACCAGCUCUCAUUCAGAACACAUCAGCUGUGAGUAGGACAAUCCACUACUCCCCAAAUAUUUCCCAUAAUUAUGCUCACACAUACUCAUUGACCUUACUCUGUCUUCUGUCUGUACUAAUAUUUUCCACAGAGUGGGGAAAAAUGUCCGUCAAAGGAAGAGAUGGUGUGCCCCCAGGGCUGGCACUAUGUUGAAGAAUGGAGAGUGGUGCAUAAUAAGGCAACUGAUCAUCAGGGUAACGUAUGCAGGGAAAUAUGUAUGAGCAGAGUGCCAAUUAAACACACUGAAAGUGUUUAGUCAUUAUCAUUCCCUUCUAGAAUAUUCUAGUCUGUAUUUUAGGCAUAAAUCAAUUAUUUGAUUAAAUCAUAUUAUUUUAAUUAAUACAUCUUGUAAUUUAAAUUUUCUUUUUAUUGCCAUUUACUUUUCCUAGCAUCUUAUUUGUUAUAUUUAUAUUUUACUUUACUGGACAAAGGGUGGAAGUAUAGUAUUGAUCCCCUAGCAUCUGGAACUCCCAAGUCAUGGAGUGCAGCAGAGAAGGCAUUUCAUACAAAUCGCCAUCGUCAGUGGCAGCGAAUUAGGCAAAGAGAUGUCAGGGAGCAGAACUCCAACACUGAGGUUGCUAGCUCUAUUAAACUCGUACAGCCAAUAUCCCCAUUUCCUUUUCAGACAAUGUAAAACUCAUCUCCCUCUCACUGUGCCUUUUUUCAGCAACCAUCAGUGACGAUAGCAGAACCAGAUACCUGGGAAUAUGGUUCAGGCAUUGAGUUGAAAUUUCAUUUGACGCAAAAGUCCACAGACACGUUCAGGAGACGAUGUUGGAGACGAACAAUGAUUCCCCAAGAGGAGCUUGGGGUUUUGUCAAUAUUCCUUUUGGAAGGUUCCAUGGUAAGAUAGCCUAUUCAUGUUUUGCUUUCAUUAAUAUUUUCUUUUACCAUAAUCAUUGCGUUCUCUCUUUUUUUAAACAUAUCUCUAAUUCAUUUUGCUCUUAUUAUUCUCACUAGUAUGAUAAGUUUAUUUGUCCUUUUUCAGGAACUAGACAUAGACAAGAAGAAAAGCAGCAAAAGCAACAGAACAAAAAACGAGUUUAAGGGUGUACUUCGUCAAAACACUCCUCUUAUCUACUGCUUGUGUCAGGGUGGGUGUAUAUGUUCAAUAUAAGCACUUUAUAUUGUCCUUGUGUGAGGAUUAUAGCAACACAAACUUCUGAAGUCAGUGUGAGCGUGUAUAUAUUAGUUUCACCUUGAGUAACAAAGAAAGCAUACAAAGAAAGCCUAAAAUGAUGCUUCAGGUGACUUUGAUAAUAACAGAUCAUAAUUAAUAUAGGCAGUUAAGAUCACAACAGUUUAGUAAAUCAUUUUGCAAAAUUAGGCAGUGGUCAGCAGUGGUGAUGCUUAUUAAAGUGAUUACUGUUUCCGAUUAGAUUAAUUUAUUGUAAUAUUUCCCAUUUGCUUUUCACGAAUAAUAAUAGCACCUUCAGCAUGAGUAGACAAUUCACAGUACAGUCCACGAGACAAAAUAAAGCAACUGUUUGACAAAGCUAGAAUUUGUUGUUCAUUUAUAGCUAACAGCCCCUGAGAUACAUUAACAGUUGUCUAGUAAUAGUCAUGUAUUGAUGCAUGCCUACAUAUUAGUUGCUCUAUAUGUGUACCAAUAAAUGGCAGCAUACAAACACAAUGCAUUCUGUUUAUGUUUCAUCUGAAUUCAGUCUAGAUCUUUUUUUUUCCCCUUUCUUUGUGUCAGGUCCCAUAUAUUACCAGCUACGGUGUUAUAUAUUCCAGGCACGACAUCUCUUUUCAGAUUCAAGCAAAUCUCCAGGUGCAUGGAGUUGGAGUGUGAUCUAAUAGAGGAGAAACGAGGAGCUUUGAAUAGUUGGCUAAUAUAGAUUUCUCUGUCUGUCUGUCUGUCUCAUUUGUACAGUGAUGUAUAUGUUGUUGCUUUAUUGCUUAUAAUUAUGUAAUGCAAAAGGUAAAGACAUCUCUCAGGUAGUGUGUGUUGUGUGGUCCAGUGUGAUGAAUGCUGACAAAACUUGAACACGUCAUUAAACUCUGAUUUUUCAUUAGAUCUUUACAUUCAGGUAGCCUUUCUCCAUGUCAGUCAGCGUACUGAAAUACAGCCCUGCACCCUAACUCCUUUCUGGGACCAGACUCUGGUGUUCUCUGGUAUUCAACUCUAUGACGACCAGCAGUCCGUGGUCAGGGAGACUCCAUAUAUCACCAUAGAAUUGUUAGACAAUAGCCACAUAGUAAGUACAGAUUUCAUUACUAGACAGGUAUGUCUUACAACCUAUUGAUACUGUAGUGAAGAGACCAGAAAUAAUGCCACCUUAUCAUCCAACCACCCACACUUAAUUAUAAUAAUAUAAAUACUACUAUUUUUUAGCACUGCCACCACCAAGAUAGGAUUAGAUUAAAAACCCACCAAAUACAAUUUAGCACAAUAUCUAUGCAAUUUAAAAACACUAAUACAUUUGUCUCUUCAGGUAACUGGUAACCAGGUAAUGUUAGUCUUUACUAGACAAAGGCAGAAUAUAAUAAAGGAAUAUUUACGGUAAAUGAUAUAACAUUGAAGUGGUUUACAGUGGACUUUUAUUUGUAUACAGAGCCACUGUCUAUAAACAGAGCUGUCUAUAAACAGAGCCACCGUAUAUAAAAAGAUAAGCACAUUAAAUUAGUAUACAUGUAAUAACUAUAGAUAAUUUAAAUAAUACAAUAUUUGCCUAUAGGGAAAAGGUAAAUUCCUGGGGUGGAAUUUGUGCUAUCCGGUUGUGUGUCUAGAUGUCAGUACUAGAGUUCCACCGAGUCUUGAGUGGCAUAAACUCAGAAAAGGGAGGAGAUCAUGUGGUGAGGUGCUGGCAGCAUUCGAGCUUCUCCUGGAUGAAACGGUAAAAACAAUUAAUUGAUCUUUUCCAGUACAGUGCCCUUCCCAUAUGCUUAAUUAGUGCUUAGUGUCAUAUGUUUUGACUUUUUGUGCAAUAAUACAAUAUAAUCUAUUUCUUAGGAUGGGAAAUUGGACUCCAUUGCAACACCUUCCUGUAAGGACAAUGGGAACCUAAUGGUACCUAAUGAGGUCAGACCUGUACUAAUGCUGAUGAUGCUGGAGGUAUUUUAUUAUAUUGACUAGUGGAAAGCAAUUCCCUUUACUGAGAAAAGAAAAACACCUAACUGUGCCAAAUGAGUAAACAAGAUUUUUGUUGAAUUUCAGAUUCUAGCCUGGGGUCUACGUGCACUGAAAUACGUUCCGUUACUGAACAUGCAUAGUCCAAGUCUGUUGAUCGAGUGUGGAGGCCAGUCUGUCCAAACAUCCCCCAUCCAUGACAUCACAAAGAACCCCAACUUCCCUCAUCCUUUUCUUCGCAUGAUAUUAGUAUGUGAAAACACUGGGUUGGGUUAAAACACAUUAUUAUUUCUUAUUAUUUUUCUUCUUAUUUUAAAUUCACCUUAGCUUUUUAGUUAUACAAUGGUGAAAAAAUAAGGACUACUUGUUCUCUUGGGUGCAUGAUGGUUAACACAUUUUGGAAAAGGGUGGAGCUUAGGCAAAGUUCAAUUUUAGUUGCUAAGCUAAGUUAUCCACAAUCCAUCAGUCAAAAGAAUACCACAGAAGGGAAAACUGCAAACUUCAUGGACAGAGGUGAACAAAGAGGAGGCACUCAGGUAUUAAGACCCAGCUUAAGGAAGAAAAGAUAAAUAUAAAUAAAGGCAAGAAGUAAAGAGGGGAGUAUAAUUAUUAAAGGGACACUAUAGCCACAAAAGCAAAUUUAGCUUAAUGAAGCAGUUUUGGUGUGUUUAUCAUGCCUCUGAAGUCUCAUUUAUCAAUUCACUACCAUUUAGGAGUUAACUCACCUUUGUUUUUGUUUAUGCUGCCCUAGCCACACCUCCCCUCGCUGUGACUGACACAGCCUGCAUGAAAACAAUGAAAACAAUAUGGCUUCAUUUCUAAUCCGAUGUAACUUACUUUAAAAGUUAUUUUCUUCUGCUCUUUAAAUUGAACUUUAAACCCUUAAGGACCAAGCUUCUAGAAUAAAAUAGAAUCAUGACAUGUCAGACAUGUCAUGUGUCCUUAAGGGGUUAAUCACACACAGAAGGCUCAUGCAGGGUCUCACAAGCUAUUAACAGAGUAGGAGAUAAGAAUUUCUAAAUUAAACAAUUUGCAAUAAAGGAGGUGUAAACAGUAGACAACUCUUUAUAGGAAGUGUUCAGAAAGGCUGUGUUUAAAAAAAAAAAAAAAAAGGCUCAUAUACACAUGAGCUUAUUGUGUUGAGCAUAUUACGGCUAUUUCAUUGUGUGAUCACCUGCAAUAACUAAUUUUCUUUAUUCUGUAUAAUACCUCGUAAUGUCUCAAUAAAGAAACGUUUUAAAAAAUGCAAUAAAGGAAGUAUGAACAUUAGAUAACUCUUUACAGGAAAUGUUUAGGAAGGCUGUGCAAAUCACAUGCAGGGAGGUUUAACUAGUGCUGCAUAAACAAAGUGAUUUAACUUGUAAUUUAUCAGAUAAUUGAGCAUUGGGACUGCAAGGAUGAUCUAAACACCAAAAGUGCUUCAAAGUCAAAGUUGUUUUGGUGACUAUAUUGUCCCUUUAAGAUGCAAUGGACAUAAGGAAAAGAAAAAAAACAAACAUGACAGAACUGCUUUAAAACAAAUUGUUUUCUGUAACACUGAAUACAGUUAAACAAUUUAAAGGAACACUAUAGUCACCCAGACCUCUUCAUCCUUCAUCUUAAUGAAGUGGUCUGUGUGCAGUGUUCCUGACCCCUUUCCUGCAAUGUAAAACAUUGUAUAUACUGUCAUAUUGAAAGUCAUUUAAAGUGCUUCUGCGGCACAGACAGUAUAAACCUUAGCCACGUGACGCGGAAGCCCCAUAAAAGGAUUGGGAAUUUUUAAUGUGCGUGCAGCAUUAGGUCCUCAAUGCUUCUCUAAAAAAAUUGUAACAUCAUAAAUGGAAAGAUGUAAGCAGCGCUGACCUCAGCAACUUUUUUGUUGUUGUUUUGGGGAGACCUAUUUAGAGCUAGGGAGAGGGACACUAUAGUGUUAGGAAUAUAGAUUUGUAUUUCCAACAGUUGGUGUUCCUCUAAAUUUGUAACUAUUUAAGCCACUAUAAUGUAGAGCACAUAUUACUCAUUAGCAUUCUCUGUGCAUAUUAAUCUAAAAUACUAAUAUAACGUAAUAGGGAAACCUGCAGUUUUUGUACUUUAGGAAGGUCAUUUAAAAAUAAUAAUCUUGAAGAGUGCAUAAUCUUCAUGGCAACUAAUGGAAUAUUUCUGCACAUUGUUCUAUGCUCAAAACAAACUGUCCAAAACCUUCUGUAUUCACAACUAAUAUUUGAGUAUUCCUUUUGUCACAUAUUCAGUUUCUUGCUUUUCUCCAGUACCUUCCUGUGCCUCCUAUUGUAGUCUUUGAUAACCGUCCAUUUGGUUAUAGUUGGACACACUAUAUGGAACCUGCAGUCUUUCUUCACUGAAGUACCCAUCCAUACUGCCAGCUAAAGGUGAGAUGAAAAAGACACUAUCUUCCUUUGUGCCAUAUAGAAGAAACUUGGAACCACUGACCAAGGAAUAUAAGUCUCUAAAGUGCUAUAUAUUUUUUUACAUACGUAUACUCUUCCUUAUAUUUUUUCCUCUUUUGUUCUUUUCUUUACUCAUUAUCUUUGUGUUAUAUGGUUCUUAUAAGAUAAACUGGUUGUGCGGUAAAGUACUUUAGAAAGAAUAACAUAUAGGCUUGCGACGCCACAACAGCGUAUCAAACAUAAUAGACAUAUAAACAAACAUAAGUAUGGCACUUUUUAAAAAAAAUUAGAGACGGUAACAUGUAUAUGCGAAUUGGUGAUCUGGUGUCCAGGAAGUAAGUAUACCUGGGCAGAUUUUGUGUUUGCUUCAAGGUGAAAUAUUACUGUGGCUAUAUGCAAACGGAUCUGAAGCCAGUAUCAUGCCUUAAGGCACACCUGUGCAAUAAUCAUACUGUGCAUCUUGAUAUGCCACACCUGUGAGGUGGAUAAUCUCAGCAAAAGAGACAUGCUCACUAACACAGAUUUAGACAGAUUUGUAAACAAUAUUUGAGAGAAAUAGGCCUCAUAGAAAAAGUCUUUGAUCUUUGAGUUCAGCUCAUGAAAAAUGGGGGCAAAUAAAAAAUGUUGCGUUUAGAAUUUUGUCCAUGUAAUAUGCAGAGGGUUGCAUUAUGAUUCCAUUGUGUAUUUGUUUUGUAGAGCAUAUACAAGGAUGUUCUCCCUCCUAGACUUAACUACUUUAGUAGGUUAGAUAUCAUAUGGCAAUGCAUUUUUUCAUUAUGAAACAUCAUGCUAAGCAGAUCUGUCAUAUUUUCUGUCUCCUCAGUGGUAUCAGCUGAAAACAUGUCAGAAUCAAAGGUGUCAGAGGUAAAUCUGUCCAUAAAUUUGGAUGUCUUAGGGUUGCUAAAUUCUUUCUCCAUGUGUCAUAUAUUGCAGGUAACUGAGUCACAAGCCAGCAAGCAACAAACAGAUUUGCAGGUAAAGAUUCAGAAAUAAUCUGUGUACUGCAACUUAUAAAUUGCAUUUAUGUGCUUUCAAGCUUGGAAGAGGUACAGGGAUAUGUAAAAAAAAUAUAUUUGUAUUAUUAUUAUUUUUUUAUUGCCUACAUACAUCCUAAGUGCCCCUAUUAAGGAGGGGCGGUCCCUAUUUGGGGUCCAAAUCCUUCUGUCCCUCUUUUCUAUCCUAAUAUCCCUCUUCUCUAGGAGCUCAACAUAUUUGGAGUGUAUAACAUAGUUCCACAUCAAUAAAUGGUCAGAAUUGUGGCAACUGACCUUUAAUGUGGAUAAGUGCAAGAUAAUGCAUCUUGGACGUAAAAACCCAAGGGCAGAGUACAGAAUAUUUGAUAGAGUCCUAACCUCAACAUAUGAGGAAAGGGAUUUAGGGGUGAUUAUUUCUGAUGACUUAAAGUUAGGCAGACAAUGUAAUAGAGUAGCAGGAAAUGCUAGCAGAACGCUUUGUUGUAUAGGGAGAGGUAUUAGCAGUAGAAAGAGGGAAGUGCUCAUGCCAUUGUACAGAACACUGGUGAGACCUCACUUGGAGUAUUGUACACAGUACUGGAGACCGUAUCUUCAGAAGGAUAUUGAUACCUUAGAGAGGGUUCAGAGAAGGGCUACUAAACUGGUUCAUGGAUUGGGGAUAAAACUUACCAGGAAAGGUUAAAGUUUUCAACCCUGAAGCUGUAGAUCUUCAUGCUGUUUGCCUCAGAAAACCAAGCAGUCUGCUGACAUCAUCAGAAGUGGUAGCCUGAUCCAAUUACAAUGCUUCCCCAUAGGAUUGGCUGAGACUGACAAGGAGGCAGAUCAGGGGCAGAGCCAGCAUGAUUCAAACACAGCCCUGGCCAAUCAGCAUUUCUUCAUAAAGAUGAAUUGAAUCAAUGUAUCUCUAUGAGGAAAGUUCAGUGUAUGCAUGCAGAGGGAGGAGAUACUGAAUGUUUGGAUGCAUUUUAGGCAGCCAUGACCCAGGAAGGAUCUCUAAUAGCUAUCUGGGGAGUGGCCAGUGAAGUUAUCACUAGGAUGUAAUGUAAAGACUGCAUUUUCUCUGAAAAGACAGUGUUUACAGCAAAAAGCCUGAAGGUAAUGAUUCUACUCACCAGAACAAAUUCAAUAAGCUGUAGUUGUUCUGGUGACUAUAUUGUCCCUUUAAAUGUUGGAUAGUAUGAUGUAUAUAACAGUAACUGCAACAAUGUCUACAUUAUUCAUUCAGUAAGGAAGUACAGAUGCAUGGCAUUAAAGGACCACUAUAGUGCCAGGAAAACAUACUCGUUUUCCUGGCACUAUAGUGCCCUGAGGGUGCCCCCACCCUCAGGGUCCCCCUCCCGCCGGGAUCUAGGUGGAGGAAGGGGUUAAACUUACCUCUUUCUACAGCGCCGGGUGGGAGCUCUCCUCCUCCUCUCCGCCUCCUCUCCUCCUCUUCGGCUGAAUGCGCAUGCGCGGCAGGAGCUGCGCGCACAUUCAGCCAAUCCAUAGGAAAGCAUUCUCAUUGCUUUCCUAUGGACGCAAGCAUCUUCUCACUGUGAAAAUCACAGUGAGAAGCGCGGAAGCCCUCUAGCGGCUGUCCAUGAGACAGCCACUAGAGCCUGGAUUAACCUGAAUGUUUGGAUGCAUUUUAGGCAGCCAUGACCCAGGAAGGAUCUCUAAUAGCAUCUGGGGAGUGGCCAGUGAAGUUAUCACUAGGAUGUAAUGUAAAGACUGCAUUUUCUCUGAAAAGACAGUGUUUACAGCAAAAAGCCUGAAGGUAAUGAUUCUACUCACCAGAACAAAUUCAAUAAGCUGUAGUUGUUCUGGUGACUAUAUUGUCCCUUUAAAUGUUGGAUAGUAUGAUGUAUAUAACAGUAACUGCAACAAUGUCUACAUUAUUCAUUCAGUAAGGAAGUACAGAUGCAUGGCAUUAAAGGACCACUAUAGUGCCAGGAAAACAUACUCGUUUUCCUGGCACUAUAGUGCCCUGAGGGUGCCCCCACCCUCAGGGUCCCCCUCCCGCCGGGAUCUAGGUGGAGGAAGGGGUUAAACUUACCUCUUUCUACAGCGCCGGGUGGGAGCUCUCCUCCUCCUCUCCGCCUCCUCUCCUCCUCUUCGGCUGAAUGCGCAUGCGCGGCAGGAGCUGCGCGCACAUUCAGCCAAUCCAUAGGAAAGCAUUCUCAUUGCUUUCCUAUGGACGCAAGCAUCUUCUCACUGUGAAAAUCACAGUGAGAAGCGCGGAAGCCCUCUAGCGGCUGUCCAUGAGACAGCCACUAGAGCCUGGAUUAACCCAUAGGUAAACAUAGCAGUUUCUCUGAAACUGCUAUGUUUACAGAAAAAAGGGGUAAUCCUGUCUGGUCCUGGCACCCAGACCACUUCAUUAAACUGAAGUGGUCUGGGUGCCUAUAGUGGUCCUUUAACAGAGAUUUAAAACAUUGUGAACUCAAAAGUUUUACUGUGGAGUUUAUAUAGAAUUUUACAAGACGAAGAGUUCAGUGGAUCAUUUGCAUGUGAAUAAUAAUACAAUCAUAACUUGUGAAUAUUUGUCCUUCUGCCAGAGUGAGAAUGAAUAUGAUUGGUGGAGUAAGUACUAUGCAUCAACCACUGAAAUGACCAGUGUAAGGAAAUAUCUAGAUGAAGGACAUGACACUCUAAAGGUGAAAAUGAAAAUAUAUAUUAUAUCCUUCAUUGUAAAGAACUAUUUGUUUUCAUUUAUUGUAUCCUCAUGUUUUUUUAUUUAUUGUUACCUCAUAUGUAUCACACAUUCUUUACUCUGCAUAUUUGUUUUUCUUGUCAUCCGUGCAAUGUUUCCUUGUUGUAUCUCUCCACCUGUUCAAAUCCCUUAACUUUAAUGUGCAAUCUAUCAUGUUCCAUAUCCAGGUAUGAAGGUACCCUCUUAUUCCAUUUGUUGGAAUGCUUACUCUAUAUGAAUAUUCAGAAUUUCUUUAUCAUCUAUCACUAAUUGUUUUCCCUAUAUUUCAAAACAUUCUAUUUUAGAAUGUAAAUGUUUUUGAAAAGAUACAGUUUAGAUGCCAAGAGUCUUUUGAGCAAUGCUGAAAUUGUACUGUAGUAAAUGGAAUACAGAUUCUUUACACAGUCAUAAACAGGGUCUUUUGUGAUGAAAAUGUGCUAAAGUAAGAGCUAGGUAUUGGAAACAUAUGGUUAAAUUGGAUUUAGAAUUAGGGGAUAACGUGUUCAAGAUUCUGUGAACGGCAUCUCCCUUGAUGCACAGCCAGGUGAGGCUGAGAGAGACAAGAAAUGGCAGUCCACAGCCUUCUCUACUUUAUAAUAGUUCAUCAUUGCUCUAAUGACUAUCACCUUAAAUCUAGUUUUUUUUUGUUUUUUUUUAUUUGUUUUUAAAGAGUACACUUAAUUUUUUCUGCCUUCUUCAGAUCUAUGACACUGAGCUGGAGUCCAUACCCGAAUUUCAUGGUCUGCAAGAUUUUUGUCAGACUUUUCAACUUUGCCAUGGCAGGUCAGUUGGUGAGACAAUUGAGAAUGAUAAUCUUCAGGUAGUGGGUGAAGUGAAGGUAGGUUUUCCUAAACAUGAAUUGAUGUGUGACAUUCCUGGUAGCCAUCAAGAGCCUAUUUAAUUUUCAUUAUACUAUGACAUGUCCUUCCUCAAGGCUUCCUUUAGGAUUUACCCACUGCCAGAAAACACAGAGCUUUUGAUGCCUCCUGCUCAGUUCUAUGAUAUCCCUGAUAAUAGCCCCCAGGAAUGCCUACUGCGGAUCUAUAUUGUUCGUGGAUUAGACCUGUCCCCACGUGACAGAAAUGGACUGGUAAGGAAACAAGACUAUGGAAUUUACAGAUAUCUGCAUACAGCAACAAACCUUAUAACAUUUGCAAUACAUGUCUCAAGCUUAGCAGUACAAUUCUCAAAUUGAUACUGAUCUGACAUAAGGGUGGUCUGCAUCUUCAUAAUACUAAUGUGUGUGAUAUAUUUUAUGUGUCUCAUUGACCCAGCAAAACAAUUAUUGCUGUGUGUUCACUUAGACAACACAAGAUGUAUUCUAUUCAAUUUGUAUGUAUUACUUAGCAUUUUAGUAAGAGGAAGUAGCUAUAACCAUAGAGUCAUACACAAGAUACUAAAAUAUUAAGUCGCCACUCACAUUUAGGAGCUUUGGCUUUUGGGGUCUAUGUGAUUGAUGUCCCCCCCCCCCUCCCACCACCACUAAAAUUAGUAUUUUAUAAAUAUAAAAUCUUUAUGAUAUAUGCAGGUUGACUGUGUUGGAAUUUCACUGAAAUUGGAUCUUGUAUGUUGAAAUUCCAACGAAGUCAAAAUAUAUAAUUUGCCUCAGUAUUUUUCCUCAGUAACAUAAAGGAUAACGAUAUUCAUAUUUUCACGUUUUGGUUUUUAAAAAUGUAUUAUGUAUAAAAACGUAAUAAUUUUUUUUUUUUAAAUGAUGUAUCUUGAGAAAAUUUUCAUGUCAUGUCGGAUUAGACUCUACUGUUUAUUGACCCCCAUAGAGUGAGAGGGGGUACUGGGGGGGCUUAUGAAGUGGUGGGGAGCACUGCUCCCUGCUGCUUCUAUAGUUACAUAUUACAAGGAGGGAGCUGCACGCCGGUAGCUCCCUCCUUGUAAUAAACUGAACGAACAAACUAACACUGAUACAUUGUGUUAGUUUGUUCAGCUGAUAUUUCUAUUCACUCAUUCGUCUGUCUGAUGAAUGAAUGAAUAGAUGAAAUUCCCAUUCGCAUGUCCAGGUGUUUCACUGGGCAUGUGCGGGAAUCUCACAGUCUAUCUAGUGUGGGCUGAUGACGUGUCCCACAGGGACUUCACCUACCCACACAAAGAUGGCGGCGCCCUGAAUCAAGAUCGGGGCAGAAAAUAAGGAUUAAAAAAUAGGUAAUGUGGGGGGCUUAGGGGCAUUUGGGGGUGACUAGUGGGUCAAUUGGAUGUAGUGGAGGCGGGAGGGGGGUUAAAAAAAAAAACGGGAUUCGGCAUGACAGUGCCGCUUUAAUAAUGAGACAAUUACAAAAUGAUACAGGGACAACAGGUAGAUGAGGAUCCUUCUCAAAUGAGCAAACAGAGUAGAGGAGUGAAGUAUAAAGACACAGUAGGAAGGGCAUCAAGGGGACAGAAGGAUGUGAGAGUGGAUUGUGGCUCUUUAGGAGAGAGCAAGAGACAGAUAUGUGACGUAGAAGUGACUCUAUAAGGGCAUAAUCAUUUCUGAACAGAUGGUGUUGAGGAACUUCUUAAACGAUUGAAGACUAGGGGAGAUUCUAGGGGAGGCCGGCUGUUCCAAAGGAAAGGAGAUACCCAUAAAAAGUCCUGCAGUGUGAGUUAGCAGUAAGGGUGAGAACACCGGACAGGAAAAGGUCACUGACAGAGCAGAGAGAUCGAGAAGGGGCAUACCUACGAAUCAGUGAAGAAAUGUUACCAGAGCAUGAACAAGCUUAUAUUACUAAGUUAAAUCAAAUUAAAUUAACUUAUUAUAUAUGACUAUAAGGAAAUUCCACAAAUGCAUUGUUUCAUGUUCUAUGAUCUUAAAUAUGGUAUUGUAUUUUAAUGCUAGAGCACCUUUAAGUGGUCAUUAUUGGUAUUUUCAUUUAAUAUGUAUUUAUAGAUACAAUCAUUAGGAUAUUCUUUGGUCAUAUGGUAAUUAGUACUUUCCCAGAUACACCCAUAGACAUAAGGAUAUUGUUUUUGUUAUAAGUAAAAUGAACCAAUUUUAUUGAUAUUGGUGAUUAUUGUCCACAAGCCUAUACUUGUUUAUCAAUACUCGAUUCAAUUCAGUAAAUAAUUCAGGUUUAUUUCCUGACAUUUAUGUCUGCUAAUUGUGCUUUGAUAGUCACAAAGAAAUUUACCAUUUAAGUACAAAAUAACUCAAUCUGAAAAUUCGCAAAAUUAUCUGUAUUUCUAGAUCAAAUAUUUUGGUCUUAAUUUGCAGUUAUGUUGUGAAUUCCCAACAAUUUAUGAUUUAGUGAAUGACCUUGCAUGGUAACUGAACUGUGGUUUGCUAGCUACUCCUUGUCAAUGUCUGCUGGAUAGUUUAUGUUGCAGUAUAUUUUUUUGAUAACCUUCAAAUAACUUUCUUUCCAUCUCAGUGUGACCCCUAUGUGCAAAUCUCAGUUGGAAAGAGAAAAAUGGACAACAGAGAGAAUUACAUUCCGUGCACUUUAAACCCAGUAUUUGGGAAGUAUGUGUAUUUUAACCAACAUGUAUAAUAUAUAUGGGGAUAGUAGUCUGGAUCCAUCAAAAUAGAAAUGCAAGUUUAUAUCAUGAAGCUCCUUGUUUGACUCAGUCUGACAUUUUCCAUCUAUUGUCUUAAAGGACUAAAGGCACCUGGACUAUUUCAUCUAAAAGAAGUGAUUUGGUUGUAAUGGCCAUUUAGUUUUAGCCCUUCAGUCUAAAACAUUGUCGUUUAGUAUAUAUGGUAAUGUUUUGAUUGAAUGGUUAAACAUGCCACUAGUGGUAUUGUCACAUCCUGUUUUUUAUCAUUAUUAGCGCUGUUUAACCGAGAAAAAGGACCAUGAAAGUGUUUUGAAAUCUACUCCCCACUCUUCACUGAAGCAGGUGACGAGUACCUUAAUUUUGAUGAGCUUCAAGCUGCCAUGCCUGGGAUGUUAUUAACUCAUGCCAUAAACACAGGACUGGAUUAACAUGUCAGGUGCCUGUAGGCACAUAAUUCUAAGGCACCCUUACUUUCAUCCACCCACAUAAAUCGCAGAGUUUAAUUAUUUUAUUAACUAGACAUUGCAGGCAUAAAUAUUUUUUAAAAAUAUAUAUAGGUAUUUAAUAACUGUGUGUGUGUGUUUGUGUGUGUGUAUAUGUAUGUAUAUAUAUAUAUAUAUAUAUAUAUAUAUAUAUAUAUAUAUAUUAAUUAUACAAAACAAGCUGAAUGCUUACAAUUACCACCAGUGUAUGAAGUGGAGUGCUUAAAGAGAAACCUUCCCUUAUAUACUAAGCCAGAUGUGUUAUACAGGAAUACUAGAUAAGAAUUGAAUAAAUAUAGUGCAUUGUAUUUAGCAACAUGGAGUGUAUAUAAUAGUAUAUGCUACACAUUUACAUGAAACAGGGCCAAUUGGGGAUAGGCUCAAAUCACUUAAGUAGAUGUGUUCUCAGGUGUCACCUGCCCUCUUCUAUCUGUAUACAGAUAAACUCAGGAGAGAUAAAAAGACAAAAGCACAGCUUGUAGUGAAGUAUGUUCAUAUAAUAGGUGACAUGUGUACAAAGGUUUUUACACCCAUAGACAAUAUAUACAUGUUUGUCAGUUUAGGGGGGCACAGCCCUUCUUGUAAUGUAGAAGCAGAUGGAAGAUUGCAGUACACUACACUAUGUGCAAUGUAGCACAUAUAAAAUUUAUUAAAAUAUACUUAAAACAAAAACAAUUAAAGUAAAAUACAAUACACACAAUACAAUAUUAUAAUACUAAUACAAUAAUAGUACUAAGAUGCUUCUUCCUUCCGAGACGCAUUUCACCACUCACAGUAGCUUUCUCAAUUGAUAACAAGCAUAUGCAUUUAUGUAUGUGUCACAAACACACUCUACAUCAUGCAUGCUCGCAACUUGGCUCUGGCAGUAAAAGGGUUAAAAAUCAAUAUUUGUCUGUACUAGACUGAAAAUAAAACCAUAAUAAAAACCUCACUUAACAGAACCCACACCUAACUCUAAUAUCAAAAGCUGCUACCACCAAGGCAAUUAAUAAAUGGAACACCUUGGUCCCUCCAAGCAAAUGAGAUGAAAAACCCACAAAACAAUUUUUUUUAUAAUAUCUAUGCAAUUGAAAAUACUAAUAAAUUGGUCUCUUCAUGUAAUGUGAUUCUUUACCAGACAAAGGCAGAACUUACAAAUCCAAAUUACACAUGUAGCUGUCAAAGUAACUGUAGUGUGACUUGCCUAAUUCUCGUGCCGGUUGGGGUCUUCUGUGCAGUACAGGAAAGUUCAAAAGGGCAACGCACGCUGAAUGCAAAAGCCAUUUGCGCGGUCCGAAUUGUAAAGUAAAGAAUGCUUUGUCCUUGGCCUGUAGUUUCUCUGGAACCCUUUCCUAUCCUCUUUACUUGUUUGACUUAUUUACCAGACUUUGGCUAGUUCUUGUUUUUGCGGUCUCUCUGUUAUCCUGAUCUAGGCUUGUAUUUGACUACAUUUCCUCUAAAUUUACAUUAAGUCUGGCCACUCUAAGGCCCUUUAAUACAUUUAUUCCAGUAUAGGUUUAUUACUGCUAACUUAGGCUUUGCGUGUUGAGGUUAGACUUUGAGAAAGUAACGUUAUCUAUUAUCUGGUUGGUUCAGGUAAGAAAAAAUGAAGUUAUUUGAGGUUGCUCACAGUACUCAGGACUGUAGGGUACUAAUGAAACUAUAGCAGCACAUUAUUAAGCUUUCAUGCUGUUUCUCACCCAAUGUGAGUAUCUUUCAGGUGGCGGUAUAUCCCUACUACUCAUAACCGCAUAGGAAUCCACAUAUUUUACAGAGCAUCAUGACUAUAAUGCACAGGAUCCUUGAUUAGUUUUACAUGAAGAGUAUAAGAGUGUUGUGCAUUCACAGAGUAUUUAAGUAUUUAAUGUGUGGCCUACUAUACCCUGAUGAUUUUUAUGUCCUCUUCUCAAAACUAAUUACCUCUUUCACUGUACAGGCUGUUUGAGCUUAAUUGUAUUAUACCCCUGGAAAAGGACUUGAAAGUUUGUGUCUUUGAUUAUGACAUCAUGUCUGAUGAUGAUAAAAUUGGAGAGACAUAUAUUGACUUGGAAAAUAGACUACUUUCACGCUUUGGUGCCAAAUGUGGACUCCCUCAAACAUAUAGUGUGUGA